UAGGUCAGAGGCCCUGUCGUACAGUCGGGAGCGGUAGGCGUGGUGACCAGGUCACCCAAGCAAUAGAUUCCUUCACAGACAUGGCAGUGUUCACGGACAUCAACAGAGAUAAGUACGGGGUUGUUCGGGGUCGGUGUAAGGACUGCCCCGAGGAGUGUCCACAGUAUUCCCAGCCUGUCCUCAGACACAACUGUACGUAUUGCGGGUGUCCGGCAGGUCAACAUGAGAGGGUGGAACCUCGACCGGAACUCAUCAUCAAGACAGAACCUGGGGAGGAGGAGGCACGAUCUCCGGGACGGAGAGAUGGCAGACCAACACCGGGUCCAUCCAGAAGACCAGAUGGCUGGACCACGGUCCCACCCCAGCCUGGUCCCUCCAGGCGAAAUGAGUCGCCUCACCGGGAUGAAUCGCGAACAGUAAUCCAGGUUGUAAGACGUUAUUUGAGAAUGAGGGUGUCGAGUAUUCUCAAGUUAAGAGACACCUCAGCAGAACAGAAGCGUGGCGUGUUCACAAUCCUGUGGAAGGGGAAAAUAAUUUAUGUUGGAGAUCCAAAGAAGACGCCCAUAUUAACUUGUCUUCGAAGCAUAUUUAAUGGUGGAAGCAAUCAAGACAUCAGCAAAUGUUUGAAAAACUUACGCAACGAUUUGAAAAGAGCUCACGUCAGAAUCGCCUGGCUGAAACACAAAGAUGAUGACCCGCACCUCAAGACGUGUAGAGAAGGCAAGAAAGGGUUGUCAUAUCGACAAUGUCUGUCAAAUCUGCAGGGGGAGAAGCCAAGGGAUGUGCUUAAAGGUUUAAUGAGAGAGGAAACCAUCAAUCUGUAGAAUAUAAUUGUUUUAACUGACACAAAAGUGUAAAGGAGUUACGUGUCAAUGAUGUCUUGCAAAAUUGGGAUGAAACGAAUCUCAACGUAUCUUCUUAACAGAACACUCACAUUGCUUAGCAAAAUAAGAAUUACUGUUUCUUUGAUAUAUUUAAAAAUAUUCUUCUCAAUAAGCAGUCCAUUAAAUAUUAACACACUCAAAAUAUUUGAAGAAAAAUGUUUUCAAAUAUUCAAAUUUUAUUAUGUCAGAUUAAUAGGUACUGUUUUUUACACUUACUAAUUUACUGUAAGUGCGGUUAUGCGUUUACCCAGGAAUAGAUGCUUGUAAGUUUAUUAAGUAACUGUCUGGAAUUGUCUGGUUGGCGUACUUACCACUGAGAAACUGUGCGGAUAGUUGGAUGUAUUUCACCCUUCAGUAACAUGGGCCAUCAUGAGAAAAAACUAUCAACAUCUUCUUUUGGUUAGAAACGUCGUAAUCCAUACGGCUCGUGUUGUAUCCUGAAGGUUGCUUACAUCUUGAGAAAAAACUAUCAACAUCUACUUUUGGUUAGUCUGUCUCACAGUCCCUGAGCAACAUUAUUUUCCUGACUGCCUAGCCCUCCCUGCAAUGCUAAAGCCUUAAAUGAAGCAAGUCUAGAUUUCCUCAUUUUCAGCCUGAAUCUCACAACUAACUGGGGCUUUUUCGAAUUAUUUGUUACUGUAAAUAUAUAUAUAUAUAUAUAUUCAGGGACUAAGCGUUAGUCUAACCUUUGGAUAGAGGCUACUUGAUUGAUAAGGGUCGUAUUAUAUCAUGAAGGUUGCUUACAUCAUAAAGCAUUGGUUUAUUUUUUCCAGAUUUGUCAAUUGAAUAUUUAGGAAAUAAACAUACUGUGUUGGAAAAUCAGAGGUAUUAAACGAGAUUUUAUUGGCUCUAAAUUAGCGUGAGGUUUUAAAUAAAUAAUUUAGAGCUAUUAUAAUUUCGUUAUUUACCUCUGGUUUUUCAACACAGUAUGUUUGUCUCCAUUCUACCAUAACCGCGUUAUUAAGAUUUUAAAAAGAAUACAUAGCUGUGUUGGAAAAUCAGAGGUAUAAUGUGAUUAUGUACCUCUGAAAGACUUUUAUUAACAAUUACAAUCCAGUAUUUACCGAAGCCAUGGUGGAAGUAUGAUUUGUGUCGGGAAUUUCCACCGGGGUUGUUUGUAAGCUUUUCGUUUUGCAUUUGUCUCAUUGACUGUUGGGUUGCAAGAUAUCAAAUGAAGAUAAUAAACCGCAUCUACUGCAUUUAGGGUUUAUCCGUAGACAGUUUCAUUUUAGAAUAUAUAUUAAUAAUUUAUAUUUUUUAUAUGUUUUAGUUUAGCCUGGUCUGUGGUCAUUAUUCUCACAUAUAGUUACAUAUUUUUACAAAUGUUUCAAAAGACUCACUUUCUGAGCGCGGAAAUGUUUUGUAGAUAUAUUUUUCAACCUUAUGCGCCAAUAAAGAUUAACAGAUAA